AUGCUUCACUUCCGGAACAUGAGCGGCGAGGUGGUCUGCAGCUGUGCCGCAGAGGCCUGCGCGCCUGCAGCCGACGACAGAAGCAUGGCCGACGCCUUCCGCAAGUACCUGCGCAAGCGAAUCGGCGCCCCGCGGUACAGAACGCAAUUCAUCGUCGACGGCAAGAUCACAGACAACAAUCAACCGUGGAGCACCUUGAGCGCUUUCACGACAACCCUCGCGAACCUCGACAUCCAGAUGGUGGUGCCAAGCUGCGUAGCGGAAGGCCGCAAGGAGCUCAAGCGCGCAAUCAAGCAAGGCAACAUUGAAAUGGUCAAAAGCGUGAUGGAAAGCUUUGCAGACCCCAACAUGAGCAUAGACAUUGUCGAAAGCAUGGAUCCCGACGACAUGAACAUCAUGAACAUAGACACCCAAGAGAUCGACCUCCAACCCGUGCAGCCCCUUCAGCUCGCCGUUUGCCUGAAAGAAUACUCAAUCACAAAGGUGCUGCUGAAAGCUGCGGCGAACGUCAACAACACAAACAGCAGUCCGCCGGCCUUGAACAUCGCCUGCUACAACCACGACCUCAGGAUGAUGCAGCUGCUGCUCAGGCGCACAGCCGAUCCCAACCACAGAAACAAGCUGGGCUACACCACCUUGCACGCCUGCGUCUUGCGCGGCGCAGCCUCCGCAACAGCCCUCCUUCUUCGGUGUCGCGCAGACAUGGCCGCCGAAUGUUGCUGCGACGGACUGACCCCUCUGGGGGUGGCCAUUCAAUGGAGCAUCUCCAGCGCGGCAAAGUUGCUGCUGGCACAUCGAGCCAUCGUGCACGAAGCCCGAGCAUCCCACAGCGCUCUUCACGUUGCCGCCGAGCAAGGCAACACAACAUUCAUGCGAAUUCUGGUCGAAGCCAAAGCAGACCCGAAUGCCACCAAUCGUCACGGGGAGAGUCCGGCGGACGUCCUGCCCAAGCGCUCCACCUUUCGUGAACGUCAUGUCUGCCGACGACUACUGAGUCAGCAGCUGUAG